AUGGCAUUGGGCCGUGUUUGGAGAGUUUGCAGUGUGUGGCUGUUUUUGACUGUGACCCUGACCCUGGGCUGUGAGAGGCUGCGGUUACUGCAAGUUCGCAACACAGAGACUCUGGGCAAACUGAAUGAAAUGGGUGGCCGCCUCCCCCGACAGUGUGCGACUGGGGAGCUGACCCAGCCCUUGAACCUGGUGAAACUUUCCGCGGAGGUUCAUCCGCAGGAAAGGAUCUGGAUUGUCCAUCAGACCCUGCAUCACCUCCGCAGGAUCUACAGUUUGAACCUGAGCUCAGUCACGUGGGUCCAGAGCUCAGUGGAACACCUCAGGCUUCUCUUGGAUCGGCAGCUCAAAGAGCUGGAUGUCUGUGUCCGGAAGCCAGGCUCAGAGUCCAAACCAAGGAAGAAUGCUGCAAUUCUUAAAUACUUUCAUGUACUGAGAGAGUUUCUGAAACAGAAGGGAUUCAGUGACUGUGCCUGGAAAAUAAUCCACGAUAGGACCAGGAGACAUUUACAACAACUCCUUUUAAUUAUGGGAAAAGUCAAUAAAGAUCACCGAAGACUUUCCAGAGAUAAUAUCAAAGAAAGCCAAGACUGA